GAUCGACACACUACAUUAAACCGUGUAGUAUCGUGUUAAAAUACGUGUUAGCAAAAAUUUAAACAAAUAACUUCACUGCUGCACGCGAAUGACGUUGGCGGCUGCCUGGACGCUUCACUGCCGCACAUGAUUUCGUAACGACAUGUCACGUCAUGUCAACGUCUCCUCUGGUAUGCAAUAAAUAGCGCAAGUGAAGACGUGGAAUGAGACGUUCAGUGAGACGAGUGUGUGCUGCAGAGUCAUACAUUUGAGCCCAAACGAACAGACGUAAUUAGAAACGUUUAUUUUUAUGAACGACUAACAUACGCCGUCGCAAUGUCGCCGCCUAAAGACGUUUCUUCCAUGACGUCGCCGAUGUUCUGCAUUCACUAUCAAAUCCAUUCAAAACUCCGCACGGACUUACGGGGACGGGGGUGAACCGCUGCUCCUGAUGAGGUGUCGAAUUGUCAGAAAAUACAUCUCAUAGGUUAGGAAUGAAACGAUACAAUAACAUAGUACCACCGCGAGAGAGUCGACCGAAAGAACACACAAUUACCGACAGAUCCGCGGGAACACAAACGAGCUCAUUACAAGUGCCUUUCACCAUCACAACAUGAAUUUAUUUAACUUUAUACCUUUGGGAAAAUACCUCGGUCCGGACUUCAAUGGUACACACAUAACUUUAGAGACGGUCUAAAUCCACGUCGCUCCCUAAAUUCACGAAAAUCAAACGUCAAACGAUCUACCCACGGAUUGAUGGGCGGGCUGCUGAUGUGCGUGCCAAUGAGUCGUGGACUGACAGAGUCCUCCAAUGGAUGCUUCGAGUUCUACAGAUCUGCGCAUUGGCUUAUGGGCGGGCUGCUGGUGUGCCUGCCAAUGAGUCGUGGAGUGACAGAGUCGUCCAAUGGAUGCGUCGAGUUCUACAGAUCUGCGCAUUGGCUUAUGGGCGGGCUGCUGGUGUGCCUGCCAAUGAGUCGUGGAGUGACAGAGUCGUCCAAUGGAUGCGUCGAGUUCUACAGAUCUGCGCAUUGGCUUAUGGGCGGGCUGCUGGUGUGCCUGCCAUUGAGUUGGUGACUGACAGAGUUGUCCAAUGGCUGCUUCGAAGAUUUCGGAUCCACCCAUUGGCUGGAGGGCGGGCUGCUGAUGUGCCUGCCAUUGAGUUGGUGACUGACAGGGUCGUCCAACUGGUACUUCAACGUGUUUUACAGUUUCUGGGACGACAUCUCCUGAGGCUCUUCUGAGCAAUAAGGAUCAUGAACAAACUUUGACGCGAGGCUUAAGAACUUGGAUACUUGUGCAAAGUUUACUUUAAAAUAAAAAUAAAAUACAUUUUUUAUUUUGUCAAAAAUGUGUACAGAUUCAAUAUUUCCACAAAAAAAUAAAAAAUGAAAAUAUUUUGUUCUGACAAAAAUGUAUAUAGUGUCAUUUUUGGUUGUUUUAAACUCGGAAACUCGAGCAGUAAAGGUCUCUGAAGGUAUUUAUAUCUUAAUUUUUUAUCAACUUAUAAUUCUGGUUUUCCAGGAAAGUUUUCUUGACCUAAAUAGAACGCUCCCCACAGAUAAGAGGAACGUUCCCCCACAUUUGUACUAGGGCUGUGCAAAGAUAUCGAUACAUGAAACUAUCUCAAUACUUUUAUUGAUAGUGUAUCGGUAGUGAUACUGCUACUAUCGAUAUAUUUUUUUAAAUCAUGUCAUAUACAGACGGCCAAAAGUAAGUGGAAGCGAGCAUGAUGAGAAAUAUAAGACCUGUGGGUGUCGUUUGGUUUUGCAAAUAAUUUGUGGAGUAGUGUUCAUUUUGUCAGCUAUAUUUUAUAUUAGUGUAAGUUAUAGUCCCACAACGAAUACACUUUUUAGUUUUUAUCAUAUUUGGUCAUCAUUGUCCUGUUUUUGUUUAAUCCAGUUUAGACAACGAAAUGUCUAUGCGUUUUCGUCGUGCUGUAUAAUAGUUAAAAUGGGUAUUUUACCAAAAAAUUAUAAUCACGUUGAUUGUUAUUGUUUGAGAAGUUAUUUUUUGAGAAAUUUAAUUUAAUAUUUCAUUUUAAUUAUCUAUUUUACAUAAUUUCAUAACUAAAAGACACAGAUAUUUCUUGUGCUUUCACGGGUGUGACACCAGCGCAUUUACAGCAUAAUUGAAGCAGGGGUUUUAUACUGCCCGUGUUCAUUGUUUUAACUGUAAUGCACCGCAACAGCCAAGUGACCCACCUUAUUCCCCUGUGCUACCAACUUGAGGGUAGCAAUCCACAAUUUGGGAACCCAUGACGUCGCCGAUGUUCUGCAUUCACUAUCCAAUCCAUUCAAAACUCCGCACGGACUUACGGAGACGGGAGUGCCCGAUUCUCCUGAUGAGGUGUCGAAUUGUCAGAAAAUACAUCUCAUAGGUAAGGAAUGAAACGAUACAAUAACAUAGUACCACCGCGAGAGAGUCGACCGAAAGAACACACAAUUACCGACAGAUCCGCGGGAACACAAACGAGCUCAUUACAAGUGCCUUUCACCAUCACAACAUGAAUUUAUUUAACUUUAUACCUUUGAAAAAAUACCGCGGUCCGGACGUCAAUGGUGGGUACGACCAGAAGACAUUUCACUUAAAUGCCUUUGAAGUUAAAAACGUCACACUUAACUUUAGAGCCGGUCUAAAUCCACGUCGCUCCCUAAAAAAAACGAACAUCGAAGGUUACACACUUCAUGUUAUGUUUGAAUAUAUAAUUUUUUUUUCUUGCUAAAUACUCAAAAGCGUGGUACACGUGGCACAAAUAUAUCCGCGUACUGAAUGUGUCAAAAGAACCAGUUAACAUUAGUCUUCUUUAGUUGGAAUGUAUUAAAGUAUGUCACUAAACUCCGCCACAGCACAAUCUUCUGCGGCUAUAAAAACAGCUUAAAGCUGGAAGAGCCAAACAUUCUGUCUGCAUUACUGAAGAGAAAUGACUAUGAUUAAUGUCAAUAUGUCUCUCCAGAUACAACGCCUGCCUCGAUGUUUUCAGAACUACCCACGGGAUGAUGAGCGGGCUACUGAUGUACGUGCCAAUGAGUCGUUGACUGACAUCGUCGUCCAACUCCUCAUUCGAGGUUCUCAGAUCUACGUAUUGGCUGAUGAGGGGGUUGCUGAUGUACGUGACAAUGGAUCACUUACUGACAUUGUCGUCCAACUCCUCCUUCGAUGUCUUCAGAUCUACGUAUUGGCUGAUGAGGGGGUUGCUGAUGUACGUGACAAUGGAUCGGUGACUGACAUCGUCGUCCAACUCCUCCUUCGAUGUUUUCAGAUCUACGUGUUGGCUGAUGGGCUGGUUGCUGAUGUACGUGCCAAUGGAUCACUGACUGACAUCGUCGUCCAACUCCUCAUUCGAGGUUCUCAGAUCUACGUAUUGGCUGAUGAGGGGGUUGCUGAUGUACGUGACAAUGGAUCACUUACUGACAUUGUCGUCCAACUCCUCCUUCGAUGUCUUCAGAUCUACGUAUUGGCUGAUGAGGGGGUUGCUGAUGAACGUGACAAUGGAUCGGUGACUGACAUCGUCGUCCAACUCCUCCUUCGAUGUUUUCAGAUCUACGUGUUGGCUGAUGGGCUGGUUGCUGAUGUACGUGCCAAUGGAUCACUGCCUGACAUUGUCGUCCAACUCCUCCUUCGAUGUCUUCAGAUCUACGUGUUGGCUGAUGGGCGGGUAGCUGAUGUACGUGCCAAUGGAUCGUUGACUGACAUCGUCGUCCAACUCCUCCUUCGAUGUCUUCAGAUCUACGUGUUGGCUGAUGGGCUGGUUGCUGAUGUACGUGCCAAUGGAUCACUGACUGACAUCGUCGUCCAACUCCUCAUUCGAGGUUCUCAGAUCUACGUAUUGGCUGAUGAGGGGGUUGCUGAUGUACGUGACAAUGGAUCGUUGACUGACAUCGUCGUCCAACUCCUCAUUCGAGGUUCUCAGAUCUACGUAUUGGCUGAUGAGGGGGUUGCUGAUGUACGUGACAAUGGAUCGGUGACUGACAUCGUCGUCCAACUCCUCUUUCGAGGUUUUCAGAUCUACGUAUUGGCUGACGGGCGGGUUGCUGAUGUACGUGCCAACGAAUCACUGACUGACAUCGUCGUCCAACACCUCAUUCGAAGUUCUCAGAUCUACGUGUUGCCUGAUGGGCUGGUUGCUGAUGUACGUGCCAACGAAUCACUGACUGACAUCGUCGUCCAACUCCUCAUUCGAGGUUCUCAGAUCUACGUAUUGGCUGAUGAGGGGCUUGCUGAUGUACGUGCCAAUGGAUCGGUGACUGACAUUGUCCUCCAACUCCUCCUUCAAUGUCUUUAGAUCUACACAUUGGCUGAUGAGCGGGCUGCUGAUGGGUGUGCCAAUGUGACUGACAGAGUGGUCCAACUGGUACUUCGACAGUUUCUAGAACAACAUCUCCCGAGGCUCUUCUGAGCAAUAAGGACCAUGAACAGACUUUGACGUGAGGCUUAAUUCAAUAUUUCUACACAGAAAAAGAAGAAAUUAUAAUUUUUUUGUCAGAAUGAAAACUUUAAAUGUCAUGUUGGUUGUUUUAACCUUGGAAACUUUAGCAGUAAAGGGCUCUGAAUGUAUUUAGGUCUUACUUUUUGAUUAACUUAUAAUUCUGCUAUGUAUUAAUUUAAUAUCUGAAUCUGUGCUUUUGUUCUUGCUAAAUACACAAAAGCGAAAUACACUUGGCACAAAUAUAUUUGCUACUGAAUGUGUUAGUUUAUUAAAAGAACAGUUAGUCUUUAGUUUGAAUGUAUCAAAGUAAAGCUUCCAUGCUUUUGAAAUGUGUUAACAGAACUUUCUCAGGUGAGCUUACCCAGCUAACAAUGUUUGGUGCUCAGAACGUUCUGGGAACUUUACCACUUCGUUCCCAGUACAUACAGUUGAAAGAAAAAGUAUGUGAACCCUUUGGGCUUACUUGGAUUUCUUCAUAAAUUGGUCAUAAAAUGUGUUCUGAUCUUCAUCUAAGUCACAACAAUAGAGAAACACAGUCUGCUUAAACUAAUACCGCACAAACAUUAUACGUUUUCAUGUUUUUAUUGAACACAACAUGUAAACAUUCAUAGUGCAGGGUGGAAAUCCAAGUAAGCCCAAAGGGUUCACAUACUUUUUCUUUCAACUGUAUAUCCUAACGUUCCCGGCUAGUUUUCCAGGAAAGUUUUCUUGACGUGAAUUGAACGUUCCCCCACCUUUGUACUAACGUUCCCAUAACCUCUAUGUUAUGAUGAUUGCAAAAAAGUCUAAAAUCUUG